CUGCGUCACUUUGGCAAGGCUGAGGCAUCGGUGGAGGAGGUGCUUGCCUACCUGGAGGAGGCCUACUGUGGCCGCAUUUCCAUAGAGACCAGUCAGUUGACCAGACUGGAGGAAAGGGAGUGGCUCGCCGACCGCUUCGAGGAGUUGAAGAAGGAGACAUUUACGGCGGAGGAGAGGAAGAAGCUGGCCAAACUCAUGCUGGAGUCACAGGUAGAUUGGUCAAAGGUUGACAUCGUCACACAGUAUUACAGCCUAAUGACCUUUUAUAGCCUAAUUAAUGAACAUUUUAUCUUAUCUAACAGAGUAAUUGGCAUCUAGUUUAAAAUUUCCCUGUGGGAAUAAAGUCAUUAUCUUAUCAGCGAGAAUGAGAUGGUAUUGUUUUGAUCAAUGUUAAUUAAAAUGUUUUCCUAUUUCCGUGACUUAUUUAUGUAUUUUGCCCUUAUUUCAUUAGUCAUUGAGAACAUGUUCUCUUUUUACAAUAACAACCUGAAAUGACCUAUUUCAUCUUGUGCUACCUCAGGAGUUCGAUCACUUCCUGGCCACCAAGUUUUCCACGGUGAAGCGUUACGGUGGUGAGGGAGCAGAGAGCAUGAUGGGAGUGUUCUAUGAGAUCUUCCGCCUGUCGGCCCACAGUGGGGUGACGGAUAUCGUCAUGGGGAUGCCUCACCGCGGGCGACUCAACCUCCUCACGGGGCUGCUGCAGUUCCCACCAGAGGUCAGGGUUCAGGCACUAUCACUUCCAGGUCAAAUUCAUGGCUGUAAUUGUUACCUGAAUUAACCACACUUACUUACCAAUUAACUCCAUGUAAUUGUCCGCUGCAAUGCGCUAUGCAGUGUGAAAACAAGAUAAGAGAGAAUCCAGUGUUACCUUAUCAGAAAGUGACCGUAAAAAGUUUCUGUGGAUGAUGACCUUGAAUGUUUUUUUUGUCAGAGAACAGAAUUUCUUUCACCUUUUUUAAUGUUAUUGUUUUUCAUACAUAGGUAAACAGGUUUUGAGAGAGGUAAAAGUGAAAUGUUGAACCCCAGUCUAACAUUUAUAUAUUUGGUGCCUCUCUCACUCCACCUCCAGCUGAUGUUCCGUAAGAUGCGUGGCCUCAGUGAGUUCCCAGCGGACUCUCCCUCCAUCGGUGACGUCCUCUCCCACCUCACCUCCUCUGUAGAGCUGGACUUCGGUACUGCCCACCCCCUCAAAGUGACCAUGCUGCCCAACCCCUCCCACCUGGAGGCCAUCAACCCAGUCACCCAGGGGAAGACCAGGGCCCGGCAGCAGCUCAAACAGGAGGGAGACUACUCACCAGAUGAGAACGCACAACCUGGGGAUAAAGUCGUAUGUCUCCAGGUAUAGUACUCAGGCCUAGGUAGACGCAUAUAGACAUUUAUUGACAUACAUAGACAUACAGUGAGGGAAAAAAGUAUUUGAUCCCCUGCUGAUUUUGUACGUUUGCCCACUGACAAAGAAAUGAUCAGUCUAUAAUUUUAAUGGUAGGUUUAUUUGAACAGUGAGAGACAGAAUAACAACAAAAUAAUCCAUAAAAACGCAUGUCAAAAAUGUUAUAAAUUGAUUAGAAUUUUAAUGAGGGAAAUACGUAUUUGACCCCCUCUCAAUCAGAAAGAUUUCUGGCUCCCAGGUGUCUUUUAUACAGGUAACGAGCUGAGAUUAGGAGCACACUCUUAAAGGGAGUGCUCCUAAUCUCAGCUUGUUACCUGUAUAAAAGACACCUGUCCACAGAAGCAAUCAAUCAAUCAGAUUCCAAACUCUCCACCAUGGCCAAGACCAAAGAGCUCUCCAAGGAUGUCAGGGACCAGAUUGUAGACCUACACAAGGCUGGAAUGGGCUACAAGACCAUCGCCAAGCAGCUUGGUGAGAAGGUGACAACAGUUGGUGCGGUUAUUCGCAAAUGGAAGAAACACAAAAUAACUGUCAAUCUUCCUCGGCCUGGGGCUCCAUGCAAGAUCUCACCUCGUGGAGUUGCAAUGAUCAUGAGAACGGUGAGGAAUCCGCCCAGAACUACAUGGGAGGAUCUUGUCAAUGAUCUCAAGGCAGCUGGGACCAUAGUCACCAAGAAAACAAUUGGUAACACACUACGGUGUGAAGGACUGAAAUCCUGCAGUGCCCGCAAGGUCCCCCUGCUUAAGAAAGCACAUAUACAUGCCCGUCUGAAGUUUGCCAAUGAACAUCUGAAUGAUUCAGAGGAGAACUGGGUGAAAGUGUUGUGGUCAGAUGAGACCAAAAUCGAGCUCUUUGGCAUCAACUCAACUCGCCGUAUUUGGAGGAGGAGGAAUGCUGCCUAUGACCCCAAGAACACCAUCCCCACCGUCAAACAUGGAGGUGGAAACAUUAUGCUUUGGGGUGUUUUUCUGCUAAGGGGACAGGACAACUUCACCGCAUCAAAGGGACGAUGGACGGGGCCAUGUACCAUCAAAUCUUGGGUGAGAACCUCCUUCCCUCAGCCAGGGCAUUGAAAAUGGGUUGUGGAUGGGUAUUGCAGCAUGACAAUGACCCAAAACACAUGGCCAAGGCAACAAAGGAGUGGCUCAAGAAGAAGCACAUUAAGGUCCUGGAGUGGCCUAGCCAGUCUCCAGACCUUAAUCCCAUAGAAAAUCUGUGGAGGGAGCUGAAGGUUCGAGUUACCAAACGUCUGCCUCGAAACCUUAAUGACUUGGAGAAGAUCUGCAAAGAGGAGUGGGACAAAAUCCCUCCUGAGAUGUGUGCAAACCUGGUGGCCAACUACAAGAAACGUCUGACCUCUGUGAUUGCCAACAAGGGUUUUGCCACCAAGUACUAAGUCAUGUUUUGCAGAGGGGUCAAAUACUUUUUUCCCUCACUGUACAUUUAAACUGUUUUUCACAAUUCCUGACAUUUAAUCCUAGUAAAAAUUCCCUGUCUUAGGUCAGUUAGGAUCACCACUUUAUUUUAAGAAUGUGAAAUGUCAGAAUAAUUGUAGAGAGAAUUAUUUAUUUCAGCUUUUAUUUAUUUCCUCACAUUCCCACUGGGUCAGAAGUUUACAUACACUCAAUUAGUAUUUGGUAGCAUUGCCUUUAAAUUGUUUAACUUGGGUCAAACAUUUCAGGUAGCCUUCCACAAGCUUCCCACAAUAAGUUGGGUGAAUUUUGGCCCAUUCCUCCUGACAGAGCUGGUGUAACUGAGUCAGGUUUAUAGGCCUCCUUGCUCCCACAUGCUUUUUCAGUUCUGCCCACAAAUGUUCUAAAGGAUUGAGGUCAGGGCUUUGUGAUGGCCACUCCAAUACAUUUACUUUGUUGUCCUUAAGCCAUUUUGCCACAACUUUGGAAGUAUGCUUGGGGUCAUUGUCCAUUUGGAAGUCCCAUUUGCGACCAAGCUUUAUCUUCCUGACUGAUGUAUUGAGAUGUUGCUUCAAUAUAUCCACAUAAUUUUCCUUCCUCAUGAUGCCAUCUAUUUUGUGAAGUUCACCAGUCCCUCCUGCAGCAAAGCACCCCCAUAGUAUGAUGCUGCCACCCCUGUGCUUCACGGUUGGGAUGGUGUUCUUCGGCUUGCAAGCCCCCCUUUUUCCUCCAAACAUAACGAUGGUCAUUAUGGCCAAACAGUUCUAUUUUUGUUUCAUCAGACCAGAGGACAUUUCUCCAAAAAGUAUGAUCUUUGUCCCCAUGUGCAGUUGUAAACCGUAGUCUGGCUUUUUUUAUGGUGGUUUUGGAGCAGUGGCUUCUUCCUUGCUGAGCGGCCUUUCAAGUUAUGUCGAUAUAGGACUUGUUUUCCUGUGGAUAUAGAUACUUUUGUACCUGUUUCCUCCAGCAUCUUCACAAGGUCCUUUGCUGUUGUUCUGGGAUUGAUUUGCACUUUUCGCACCAAAGUACGUUCAUCUCUAGGAGACAGAACGCGUCUCCUUCCUGAGCGGUAUAACGGCUGCGUGGUCCCAUGGUGUUUAUACUUGCGUAUUAUUGUUUUUACAGAUGAACGUGGUACCUUCAGGCGUUUGAUAAUUGCUCCCAAGGAUGAACCAGACUUGUGGAGGUCUACAUUUUUCUUUCUGAGGUCUUGGCUGAUUUCUUUUGAUUUUCCCAUGAUGUCAAGCAAAGAGGCACUGAGUUUGAAGGUAGGCCUUGAAAUACAUCCACAGGUACACCUCCAAUUGACCAAAUGAUGUCAAUUAUCCUCUCAGAAGCUUCUAAAGCCAUGACAUCAUUUUCUGGAAUUUUCCAAGCUGUUUAAAAGCACAGUCAACUUAGUGUAUGUAAACUUCUGACCCACUGGAAUUGUGAUAAAGUGAAUUAUAAGUGAAAUAAUCUGUCUGUUAACAAUUGUUGGAAAAAUUCCUUGUGUCAUGCACAAAGUAGAUUUCCUAACCGACUUGCCAAAACUAUAGUUUGUUAACAAGACAUUUGUGGAGUGGUUGAAAAACUAGUUUUAAUGACUCCAACCUAAGUGUUUGUAAACUUCCGACUUCAACUGUACUUCAUUACUUAAUCUUGUGAAUUUGUCUUGCACAAUACUAUAAUUACAAUACGUCAUAGAGAGGGAUAGUAAAGGGAGUAUUACACUGAAGUACAGUUUAUUGGGACAUACAGGCAUUAUCCAUUGUUGAUGUCAAGAUAUUUUCCAAAUUUCAAGCCUGAAAUGAACUGGUGAUCAUUGUGGAAACUCUCCUUACUUUUCUCAGGUCCAUGGGGAUGCUUCAUUCUCGGGUCAAGGGAUUGUUCCAGAGACAUUCACCAUUUCACUACUCCCCCACUUCAGAGUCGGUGGGAGCAUCCACCUCAUUGUAAACAACCAAGUGGGUUAUACCACUCCAUCUGCGAGAGGGAGAUCGUCUUUAUACUGCAGUGAUGUUGGUAUGUGAAAUGUAUCGCUUUAUCUAUAAUAGAUCUUUAUGGGAUUUAUUAUAUACAGAAUUAUAAUAUGUACCAAUGGGAAUUAUAAUCACAAAUACAUUUUUAUGGGAAUUUUAAUACUUCUCUAUCGCACUCUGUGUGUGUUCUCCACUCUCCAGGUAAGAUGGUGGGCUGUGCGGUGAUACAUGUGAACGGUGAUGAUACGGAGGAGGUGGUGCGUGCAACGCGUUUGGCGGUAGAGUACCAGAGACGCUUCAGGAAGGACGUCAUCCUGGACCUGCUCUGCUACAGACAGUGGGGACACAAUGAGCUGGACGAACCUGGAUUCACUAACCCUGCCAUGUACAGGAUUAUCCGGUGAGUUCACUUCACUAUAUUUGCUAUACUCUUCCCUCUCUGGCUGCUCUUGAGCCAAAAGGGGUCCACUAAAUGGAAAUAAAUAUUGUCCAGAAACGACCUCAUUGUAUUGAAAGGGGAACACAUUCCCACAACCAUGAACAAAAGCAUAUAUUGUUUACCUACAAUUUUAUAUUUGAUUUAGAUUAUUUACCCUCGUAUUAUUUUUAUUUUAUUUAACCUUUAUUUAACUAGGCAAGUCAGUUAAGAACAAAUUCCUAUUUACAAUGAUGGCCUACACCGGCCAAACCCGGACGACGCUGGUCCAAUUUUGCGCCGCCCUAUGGGACUCCCAAUCACGGCCGGUUGUGAUACAGCCUGGAAUCGAACCAGGGGGUCUGUAGUGACGCCUCAAGCACUGAGGCCACUCGGGAGCCCUUGAUUACAGAACAAUGCCCAAAUAACAAAUAUCUAACCAUGACAUCCUACCCUCUUCUCAUCCCCCCAGCUCCAGGAAGAGCAUCCCAGACUCCUAUGCUGACCAGCUGAUCUCAGAGGGCCUGAUGACCGAGGAGGAACGUGGUGCCAUCAGGACAGCCCACUACGGCAUGCUGAACGACAAGCUGGCCAACAUGACCCUAUACAGCCCUGCACCCACCAACCUGCAGGUCUGUGAUGUGCAAUCAUUUCAAAUACUUUAGCUGUGCUUGAUUUUAGUUUACCUGGCACAAUGGAACCAAUAGAAUAGUUGCAAAAGUGCAAACCCCACCCAUCUGGCACUACAGGCAGACUAAAGCGAACACUCAAAACGUUUGUACCCAGGUCUGGUGAUGAGUGCUUUUUGGAGUGUUGAGAAACUAACAGAACACAGAUUUCCAUGAUUGUCUGUAACAAAUGGACUUAUAAAGUUGUGUUGUUGUUCCAGGGGCGCUGGGGAGGUCUGGUGGAGCCCCAGGCCAGAGUCACCCACUGGGACACGGGGGUGCCAGCCCCCCUGCUGCAGUAUGUAGGGGCCAAAUCUGUGGAGAUACCCGACGAGGUCCAGCUACACAGCCACCUGGGGAAGAUGCAUGUGGCGGUAAUAACAAUUGCAGGAUAUAUAUAUAUUGUAGCCAUUACGCUAACAGAUCUGAACCUCUUUACAAGUUUGCUAGGUGUUGAGUUAAAGGUAUAGUUCGGGAGAUCAGAGACAAUGGUAUCCACGAGUUCAUUUGACUCUGGGAAAAUAGAUAAAGGGCUUCAUUGCCAAAAUCCCGAGUAUCCCUUUAAGGUCGCUACAGUAUUGCGCUUUUCUAAAGCCCAAAGGUACUUGGGUGACGGCAUGCUUCACUAGGGUCAGUAGUGCAGUCUUGUUAGAGCUGGAUGAAUGUGUUUUUCCCCCGAUGUUUUAAAGACUCUCUGAAGCUCAAUGAAAACAGAUCUGUUGUGUUCUUCUCUCAGGGUCGCCGUGCGAAGGUGGAGAAUGGAACUAAUCUGGACUGGUCCACUGCUGAGGCCAUGGCGUUUGGCUCUCUGCUCUGCCAAGGUCAGUCUGCCUCUCAACAGCUUUUUACACUACUGAGCCAAACCAAGCUGUACUGAGCUGGCCUGGUAACACAUCCUUUAUAGUUGCUGGAAUAUCAUAGGCAGCACAAUUUGAUUUGGGUUGGCAUGGUAAUGUGAAAAGGGAUUGAUCUUAAAGAUAAAAUAGUUUUACAGAAAUUGCUUGUUAGAUAGAUAGAUAGAUAGAUUUGUGUUUUCCAGGCCUGUUAUUACCAUACUAUGUCAAUACUUACAAAAAUAUAUAUAUUUUGAGUCAUUUAUAUAUGUAAUUCUCAUGUCUCUGGCUGUAAGAAUGCAUUUUGUGUUUAAUUUGUUUUGCAGGCUUCAACAUUCGUAUCAGUGGACAGGAUGUUGGGAGGGGCACCUUCAGUCAGAGACAUGCCAUGAUAGUUUGUCAAGACACAGAUGACAUGUACAUCCCCCUCAAUCACAUAGACCCUGAACAGAAAGGAUUCAUGGAGGUAAAUAAUGAGUUAUUGCAACGAGAGAAAAAAACAACCAAUGAGACUCGAGACUUGGACCUCAUGACUUGUUUACUUGUUUUACUUCUAAGUUGUAUAAGACUGUCUUGGACAUCCACCUGUAAUACGGUGUGCACUCGUGUGUGUGUGUGUGUGUGUGUGUGUUUUCUAGGUGUGCAACAGCGCCCUGUCUGAGGAGGCCGUGCUGGGCUUUGAGUAUGGCAUGGCCAUCGCCCAGCCUAAACUACUGCCUAUCUGGGAGGCUCAGUUUGGAGACUUCUUCAACGGAGCUCAGAUCAUAUUCGACACCUUCCUCUCCGGAGGUAAUGAAUGCUGAUACUCUGGUCAAUAACUCUCUGAAGGGCUAUUUUUAGGUCUCCUCCUUUGAGUUUGCAGAUAGUUGUAUAUCAUAAUCCAGUUUAAUUCUAGCCCCUGGCUAACACCUAUCAAGUCCUUUCAGUUCUGUGAACACAGAUUGACAAGAGUUAGGGGAAGGGGAUAAAUGGAAUGGAGCCAACACUUUGUUUAGUAUACAGUUGAGAUAAAACUGGAUAUUUGAUCAACAUGAUCAGUAAAUCAUGGGGCCCAGUAGAACACAAACUACACUUUUAAUAUAAAAGCUUUUAUAGAGCAGUCAUAAAGCAUUCAUAAACGUUAGACGCUACAUUCUGGUUCCAUUAGGUGUUGAUUGAAACGUCUCUCUCUCUCCCAGGCGAGGCUAAGUGGCUGCUGCAGUGCGGGCUGGUGAUCCUGCUUCCCCAUGGUUACGACGGAGCAGGACCUGAACACUCCUCCUGCCGCAUGGAGAGGUUCCUACAGGUGAAGAGGGGAACACAAAACACGGGGAACCUCCGAUCUUCUCCUCUGCAUUUUGUGGCGGAGAGAAAUCGAGGAGAACAGACUUUUGAGAAGGAGCCCAGGGCUACUCUUUGGAAACCAAUAUCAGAUACAAUUAUCUCUGUUAUAGCUACUGUAUACAACUCUCUCACUGUCUCUUGUAAUAUUUAUUGGAUCGCUGUGUAUGAUGCUAAUUGAAACAUAUGGAUUUGACUGUUCCUGUCUUCUCUGUCUAAAUCUCCUCUUCUUUCUCUUGCUCCCAGCUGUGCGACAGUAAGGAGGAGGGGGUGGAUGGUGACAAUGUCAACAUGGGCGUGGUCAACCCUACGACCCCAGCACAGUACUUCCACCUGCUGAGACGACAGAUGAUACGCAACUUCCGCAAGCCACUGAUCGUGGCUGGGCCCAAAACUCUGCUCCGAUUCUCUGUAAGCUACUCAAUAACACAUCCAAUACAAGCCAUUCAUGAGUUAAAUGGGCCUGUUUGAAAACCUUUAAAAUGCAUCCUUCCUUCCCCCUUUCAGGUGAGUGAGUGGUUAGGUGAAGGCAUGGUUUUCACUGCAUUGCUUCCACCAAUCUUACCAUGUCAUAUCAGUGAUUUCCUCAAGGAAAUAAAAAAGUAAGGGUUCAUUUUAAGGUACUCAAACACGGCUACUGUGAACAUGUUUACGGUGAUAUUUGGUGACUGAGUUGAUGAGUUCCUGUCGCUACCUGUAGGGGGCAACAUCCAGUCUGGCUGACAUGGCUCCUGGAACCUCUUUCAAACCUGUGAUUGGUGACACCGCAGUCACACCAGCCAGGUAAAGAAGUAUCCACAACAUUACACCCUCUUUUCUGCUUCCUGUUGAUACAUUUUUACAUUUUACAUUUUCGUCAUUUAGCAGACGCUCUUAUCCAGAGCGACUUACAAAUUGAUAUGUUAUAUCUAAUUUAAAACUGUUGUCAAUUGUAUAAUGGUGUCACUUUAUUGGACUUUAUUUAUGAGAUCAAAUAGUACAGUGUAGCUACAUCUGUAUCUGCUGCACCUUCCAGGGUUGGCUGAAUUCAAAUGGAAUCGACCCCAACCCAGUACAGUAUGUGCCCAACUGCUUUAAUAACUGUCCUUUCCUGCUAUCCCUGUAGUGUCCAGCAGGUGGUGCUGUGUUCAGGGAAGCACUACUAUGCCCUGUUGAAGCAGAGGGAGGCAUCAGCAGCCACUCAGAACACAGCACUGAUCAGACUGGAGGAGCUGUGUCCCUUCCCUCUGGAAGCCCUGCAGCAGGAGCUCACCAAGUACACCAACGCCAAAGGUAGGCUAUACCUGACCUGGCCACUACUUACCUCAAACACGAUCUAAUAUCUAAAAUGCCACUUAAGAAUCGCUUUUAUCCAAGUACACCAACACCAAAGGUAUGUAAGUGACCCCUGGCCUGGCCUGACCUGCACUGGUCUUCACUUCUUACCACAGACACUAUAGGCCGGUUUCCCGGACACAGAUUAAGCCUGGUCUAAAAAGCUAUUUCAAUGGAGAUUCUCCAUUGAGCAUGCUUUUUAUUCCAGGAUUAGGUUUAGUCUGUAUCUGAGAAACUGUCCCUUACUGUUCAACCACCAGACUGUGCUGCAGCAUCGGAUCAAUAAAUAAUUUUGUGCACUGUAUUUGGUAGGGAUGGGCAUUUUAAAUUAUUUUACUAUUCAAAUAAUAUCACACAUUUUUUUCUGAUAUCCGGAUAGUCAAAAAAACGAACACUUAUUGACUCUCGACCAAUCAGAAUGACGCAAAUGCACAUGGCAGAGGUAAACAGCGGACAUGCUGAUUUUCUCUGGUAGUCUAGCUAAAAGCAACAGCGAAAGAGAAGUCUGAUUUUCACCAUGAUAAAACUGAUUCUGUUACAAAAAAAGGUUUUCUGGUGAGUGUUUUGCAUUGAUCUGUGUCAGGUCUUGUGGAAACUCCAUUAGGUGAGUGCCUAUAAUUGCUAUUUGAAGUGGGGAAAAUAGCGUACCGACGUCAGGCCAGCCUGAAGGGAUAGAUGUGCAGCAGUAGGGCAACAGUAGCUCUGUGCACCGUUAUAAAAACUACAUUCAAAACUUUGUUUUAUUAAAUUAAGAAUUUCAAAUGUCAUGGUAUAUCCUUGUAGGUAAAAAUGUCAACAGGAUAAUUUAAUUUGGACAAAGCUUUUAUUGUUAAAAUAGGUCUACAAUAGUAUUUUCUCCAAAAAUGAACACUUACUCACGUUAUCAAAUACGUCUGUUCGGAUAUCCAGAUAUUUGAUUAACCGUGCCCAUCCCUAGUGUUUUGCCAUCUUCAAGAUAAUUUUUUUAUGUAAUCUUCAUGUGUUUGUGUGUCCCAUACAGAGUUCGUCUGGAGCCAGGAGGAGCCCCAGAACAUGGGCCCCUGGUCCUUCGUGGCCCGUAGGUUUGAGAAGCAGCUGGCCUGCAAGGUGAGUCCUGCCCUGUCUGAAUGAUCAGAGAAAUACAUUUGACGUGUUUAAGGGGAUCAAUUUGAGCAAGCAAUGCGAGGCUCAGAAUUGCUAGAUAAUUAGUAUUUAUUUGGGAUGCAAGGUGAUUUGUAGAUCAGUGAUUCUGCACAGUCCGACUGCAAUGUAGUGGAUCUCAAACAUGCACAAUAAACUGAGUGUACAAAACAUGCUCUUUCCAUGAUAUAGACUGACCAGGUGAAAGUUAUGAUCGCUUACUGUUAAAUCCACGUCAAUCGUGUAGAUGAAGGGGAAGAAGAAGGAUUUUUAAGCCUUGACACAAUUGAGACAUGAAUUGUGUAUGUGUGCCAUUCAGAGGGUGAAUGGGCAAGACAAAAUAUUUAAGUGCCUUUGAACGGGGUAUGGUAGUAGGUGACAGUCUCCCGUGUGUAUCAAGAAUGGUCCACCACCCAAAGGACAUCCAGCCAACUUGACACAACUGUGGGAAGCAUUGGAGUCAACAUGGGCCAGCAUCCCUGUGGAAAGCUUUCGACAGCUUGUAGAGUCCAUGCACCGACGAAUUGAGGCUGUUCUGAGGGCAAAAGGGCGUGCAACUCAAUAUUAGGAAUGUGUUCCUAAUGUUUUGUGUACACAGUGUAUAUAUGCCGUUUUUUUUUACCUACCAUUUUCAUUUGCCCACCUUCCUGCUCCCUCUACUCUUCCUCCAGCUCCGGUUGGUGAGUCGGCCUGCUCUUCCCGCCCCGGCUGUGGGCAUCGGAACGCUCCACCACCAGCAGAACGAGGCCAUCCUCACUGCCACCUUCUCCUCUUGAGCCACUGGGCCCCAAGAUGGCUGCUCCCGCAGGCCCCAGAAUGGAUGCACCCUCCCUGCGC